UGAAAGUGGAAUGGGAAUAAACAUGUGUAACCCAUCCAAUAAAUAACGUGUAAUCGUAGGCCUAUAAAGGAAAGAAUAUUAAAAAUUGCUGGCAAAAAGAACAUUGGCAAUAAAUAUGAAUCAGUUUGGCUUUCCUAGAAUGUUUCAACAACUUUGGGAGUUACUUUAUACUUUACUUACCUAUCAAGCUGACCCAGGUUUCAAUGAUGAUUUGCUAGAAGUGCUCUUUGAAGAUGAUGGAUCUCAUUAUGAAACCCAGAGAAUCAGUGGCAUGGUGACCAAACUUCAUGAGAACCAGUCCUUAGCAAUAAUUAAUCAUGACAUUUACAUGGACUUGUCAAUUCCUGUCCCAGGCGGAAAGAAGCUCCGCCUAAAUGAUUUUGUUGUGGCUAUGGUGAAAAGGCGUAGUGAAGAUGAUGCGUGGAGAGUAGAAAGAGUUGAAAUACUUGAAAGAACCAAUGCAUGGCAAAGCAAAAAUGAUACAGAAGAUUUUGAAGAAUCACCUGAUAUGCCAUCCCAACAAAAUCAUGGUCAUACUGAUUCAAGCAUAGAACACUGUCGGUUCAAAACAGUUGUUGGACAGGUCACAGGAGUUUCUACCAAACUGAUUAUUAACAAUGGAGAAUUUGAACUUUCUCAAGGUAGUGCCAAUGGCAUCAACUAUGUUGUUGGAGAUUGGCUGACAAUGAAGAUCCUCUUUGAUCCUGAAGAACCAGACAAAAAAGUCAUAUGUACAGCUGCAGAACCUUUACGUAAAUGGAAAUUUGAAGGCAGAAUCAAUGUUUUUGAAGAAGAGAAAGGAAUUAUUGAUAAUGAUAUUUUCUUCAGUUUGGCAGUAUGCAUGAGCGGGUACGACCCUCAACUGAAAGAUUUCGUUCACGUUACCGCUAUCGAAAGCAACGCAGGCGGUGCAGAUUUCAUGUGGCGCGCUAUUUCAGUCAUCCCUGCUUCCAACAGGGGACGUGGAACAAAAAAUGUUAAUUUGUCUUCAACCCGAAUUAAUCUCAAAGACGCACCUGAAAUUUCUGUUGAGAAAGAAAAAAAUUUUGGUAUUGUACAAAUAGGAUCUGAAAAUGAAAUACGUAUCGAAGUCACCAAUAUGGACUUGAUGGAGCACACAUUGUUAAAUGCCAAAUUCCUCAACUUGCGAAGCAAUUUCGAGAUACCCAAUCAAAUUUUCCCCGUCAUCAUACCUAUCAAUGGAAAAAUCUUCGUUGAAAUAUUCUUCAAGGCUACCACUAUGGGAAAAGUGGAUGAUGUCGUCGAAUUUGACUUCGGGAAAUUCGUUGUUGAACGAAGUUUAAGCGCAGAAGUACGAGGAGUAGAAUCGCUUCCUGGUGAGAGUUCUGCGAUACCGUUUCUUACACGCUUUAAGCAGCGUCAGCAGAUCAGUCGUCGGCAAGUUAUGGAGGAUGAAUCCCAUCGUGACUCAAACUGGGUAAUGAAAGGUGUUCGCCCUUUCAAACCACCGCCAUUUACCACCCUAAGAUUGGCUUCGUACCCAGUUCCUCGCUCUUUGUGGCAAACUAUUCAACAGAAAUUAGAUUUAGUUGGAAGUAAUCCAUCGCUGGGUGAUAUGCUACAACCGAAAAACUAUUGCACUAAGUUUCAGACACUCCUGCAUUUGGAAGAAAUUGAAACAACAGUCCGUUUGCGAGAGUACGACAUUGAUAGAGCUUCAUUAAAACCUAUGGGUCCUUACCUGGCUUUAGAAGUCGCAGGACUAGCAGAAAAAAGGCCAUCACUUAUUGCAGGCGAUGGAGUCAUGCUAUCCAAUCCAUGGGGAGGAGGAGGUUUGAGUUACGAAGGGUUUGUUCACGCCACAUUCAAGUCGGAAGCACUACUCCAGUUCCAUCCAGAUUUUCAUCAAAAAUAUGACGGAGAGGAUUAUGCAGUACGCUUUUUGUUCAACAGAACAACAAUGCGACGCUAUCACACUGCCGUAGAAACGUCAGCAAAACAUCCUGGAUAUAAAAUUCUCUUUCCAAGCGAUCCAGAAAUUCGACCACCACAGUUCAACUUGAAUUACCUAUCGCAGAAGAAAACUUCUGUUGCGGAUCGCCUGUUCCAAAUGAAGUCGGAAGAAAACAGAAUCAAGUGGAUAAAUCAUCGUUUGAACUGUGAACAGCGUCGUGCCGUCCUCCGUAUUUUAGAGGGAGUUCAUCGCCCUAUUCCGUACAUCAUUUACGGUCCUCCUGGUACAGGCAAAACGGUGACAGUAGUCGAAGCAAUCUUACAGGUGUUCCUGUUGUGUCCACGCAGCCGAAUCCUCGUUGCAACACCUUCAAAUAGCUCGGCUGAUCUAAUUGCUCACAGACUGCAUGAGAGCGGCCGAGUGGGCGUUGGAGAGAUGGUUCGAUUGAACGCCUUUAGCCGCAAUACGGACAUGAUACCUGAUUCCAUACAAGCCUAUUGCAUGACGUGUGAAGACCUGCAGAAGGCCAUUCGUCAUCGUAUUCUAGUCACCACUUGCACAACGUCUGGGAAGAUGUACACAAUGUGUCUUCAAGUUGGCCACUUCACACACCUCUUCAUCGAUGAAGCUGGGCAGGCCACGGAACCGGAAAGUUUAGUCUCCGUCGGCCUAAUUCGCUGCGAUUCUAAUCCGGGCCAGAUUGUCCUAGCGGGAGACCCUAAACAAUUAGGACCAGUAUUAUUGAGUCAAUAUGCCUCUACCUACGGAUUAAGCAUUUCUUUGCUAGAAAGAUUGUCGAAUAAUCCGCUUUAUUCGCGUAACAAAGCCUACGCAGACAGUGGCUAUUAUAAUCCCAAUCUACUUACCAAAUUAGUCCGUAAUUAUCGAUCUCAUCCAUCGCUCUUGACUUUGCCUUCUUUUAUGUUCUACGAAGAUGAGCUUGUGUCUUGUGCGUCUGUCGAAACUGCGGAGAAAAUGGCCAAUUUUAGCUGGUUGCCGAAACCUGGAAUUCCUUUACUUUUCCAUGGCAUCCGCGGUGAAAAUUAUCAAGAGGCUGACAGUCCUUCGUGGUGUAAUCCGGCUGAAGUCUAUCACGUUAUUCGAUACUUGCAGCUUCUUCUAAAUGCCAAAGUGAACCCAGAUAACGUUGGAGUUAUCACCCCCUAUCGGAAACAGGUGGAAAAAAUCCGUGAGUUCAUCAAGUCCAACGAUUUGUUUCCUUUCAAAGUGGGCUCAGUUGAAGAGUUUCAAGGCCAGGAACGGGACGUCAUUAUUGUUAGCACAUCCCAAACGAUUCAACGUCACUGUCACUCGUGCUAA